AUGGCAGACACCAAUGAUAAAAGGCGAGGUUCGGGACUUUUUCACGUGGACCGCGAGAUGUUGCCUUAUAAGGUGACUUUUUCCUGCUUUAGCGGAGCUCAUGGAGCUGUGCCCCUCUUCUUGCCGCUCUACCUCCGGGAAUUCGGCUUUGGACCGCAGCAGAUAGGCGUGGUAUUGGCCCAGACCUCCGUGGGUGGGUUACUUGGGGGAUUGAUCUGUGGUUAUGCCAGCCCUCAGAUCAUCAGUGAGAAGAACGCUUUCACCUGCGGUCUGUUGAUCAAGAUGUGGCUGGUCAUCAUCGUGUGUUUGAUGCCUACACCCCCCGCGACGGGUCACUGCGAGUUACCGCCAGACAUUGUCCUACCUUUGAACACAAGCCAGUCUGCCAGAGAGAAAUCAUGGCUUUUUGACGCUGACGUUAUGUCUACGAAUGUCGUCGUCCUUGCAGUGUUGGUUUGUGGGUUGGGAAUUUGUUACUCAGGUAACCAUGCCCUCGUUGAUACCCUCACGAUGAAUGCCCUAGGGCAAAACAGGAGAGCUGAAUAUGGUUCCCAAAAGGCUGUAGGAACGCUGGCGCACGGCAUUGUGUAA